AUGGCAUUACAUCAGUUCGAUUAUAUUUUUGCAAUAGCCAUGUUAUUUGCAUUUUUGGAUGCUUUUAAUAUUGGAGCAAAUGACGUUGCAAACUCGUUUGCUUCGGCGAUUUCAUCGAGGUCUCUGAAGUACUGGCAAGCCAUGAUUUUGGCAGGACUUUGUGAGUUCCUGGGCGCUGUUUUGGCAGGUGCCAGGGUUUCUGGUACUAUCAAAAACAACAUAAUAGAUUCCUCUAUUUUUACUAAUGAUCCUGCAGUUUUGAUGCUCACUAUGACUAGUGCUUUGAUCGGAUCAUCAUGCUGGCUAACGUUUGCCACUGCAAUCGGAAUGCCUGUUUCUACGACACACUCGAUUGUUGGCGGCACAAUUGGUGCUGGUAUCGCAGCUGGUGGGGCUAAUGGUGUUGUUUGGGGCUGGGAUGGUGUUUCUCAGAUUAUUGCAUCAUGGUUCAUCGCUCCAAUUCUAGCAGGUGUCAUUGCAGCUAUAGUUUUUUCGAUUUCCAGAUUUUCUGUCCUUGAAAUAAAAUCUUUGGAAAGAUCGAUUAAGAAUGCUUUACUAUUGGUUGGACUUUUGGUCUUCGCCACUUUUUCGAUCUUGACGAUGCUGAUUGUUUGGAAGGGCUCUCCAAAUUUACAUCUGGACAAUUUAUCCGAAACAGAAACUGCGGUGUCGAUCGUCCUUACUGGAGCGAUUGCUUCGAUAAUUUACUUCAUUUUUUUCUACCCAUUUUACAGAAGAAAGGUCUUGGAUGAAGAUUGGACAUUGAGGUUGGUUGAUAUUUUUAGAGGUCCAUCUUUUUACUUUAAGUCCACGGAUGACAUUCCACCAAUGCCAGAAGGUCAUCAACUAACAAUUGAUUAUUAUGAAGGUAGAAGAGAUCUUGGAACAACCGUUGAUGUUGAGGACGUAGAGAAUAAGGUAUCCAGUACCUCUAAUGAUUCCGUUAAAAACAAAGAAGAGAUUCAGGAAGUCGAUCUUGUUAGAACGGACACUGAACUAGAAACUAAACUGCCAACUAAAAAAUACUGGUGGUCGUUAUUAAAAAAAGGGCCUAAGAAGUGGCCGCUGUUGUUUUGGUUAGUUAUUUCCCAUGGUUGGACACAAGAUGUGAUUCAUGCUCAAGUUAAUGACACGGAUAUGCUAUCUGGCGACCUGAAAGGUAUGUACAAAAGAUCCAAAUUUUAUGACAAUAGAGUAGAAUAUAUCUACUCUGUUCUUCAAGCUAUUACAGCAGCCACCAUGUCUUUUGCCCAUGGAGCUAAUGACGUGGCCAAUGCUACUGGACCUUUAUCUGCAGUUUAUGAGAUUUGGAGAACAAAUACCACUGGAGCAAAGUCUGAGGUUCCUGUGUGGGUUUUGGCCUAUGGUGGUGCAGCUUUAGUGAUUGGCUGUUGGACUUAUGGUUACAAUAUUAUCAAAAAUCUAGGUAAUAAGAUGAUUUUACAAUCACCCUCAAGAGGUUUCUCGAUAGAAUUAGCUGCAGCUAUUACAACUGUUAUGGCCACCCAAUUAGGUAUCCCUACUUCAACAACACAAAUUGCAGUCGGUGGUAUUGUUGCUGUUGGUUUGUGUAAUAAGGAUGUUAAAUCAGUUAAUUGGAGAAUGGUUGCCUGGUGUUAUUCUGGUUGGUUUCUAACUUUACCCAUUGCUGGAUUAAUUGCUGGUAUCAUAAACGGUAUUAUUUUAAAUGCUCCCCAUUUUGGUGGAGAAUAUAAAAUGACAUGA